AUGGGAAGACCUCCAUGCUGUGACAAGAUAGGGAUCAAGAAAGGACCAUGGACUCCUGAAGAAGACAUCAUUCUUGUUUCUUACAUCCAAGAACAUGGCCCUGGAAACUGGAGAUCUGUUCCCACCAACACUGGGUUAUUGAGAUGCAGCAAAAGCUGUAGACUAAGAUGGACAAAUUAUCUAAGGCCUGGAAUUAAACGCGGAAACUUUACUUCUCAUGAGGAAGGAAUGAUCAUUCACUUGCAAGCCUUAUUGGGUAACAAGUAA